ACCAUAAUUGCCCCUUCCAUUGUUAGCUGUCAGUUUUCUGGUGAGGAGGAGAGUUUGUUGAUAAAAUUUGUGGCCAGAAAUCAAGAAAUAACGGCUCAUUCAUGGAUGCCGAGGACAAUCGUGGGGUGCUGGACUUGUCCAAGAAGUCCCUGAAGAAGGUGCCGAAGCAGGAGGACGCACAGCUAGUGAGACACCUCAUCCUGGACGACAAUGAACUGCAGAAGAUCGACAACAUUGAUUCGUAUCUCAAGAUUGAGAGGCUGUCGCUGUGCCGAAACCAAUUGCUGCGAAUGUACGGCGUGUGUCGGCUGCAUUGCCUGCGAGAGUUGAAUCUAUCCUACAAUGGCAUCCUGACAAUUGAGGGUCUCAAGGAGCUUGCGCAGUUGACGCACCUCAAUCUUCAGGGAAAUCACAUCAAGACCAUUGAACAUCUGAACACCAACACGCGACUUGAGCACCUCAACCUGGCGGAGAACAGCAUUGGCAGCAUCUCGGAUGCGUCCUUCCUGAAGAACUUGAAGGAAUUGUUCUUAAAUGGCAACAGAAUCUCGCACCUUCGCCAAUGCGACAAGUACCUUCCAGUGAGUCUGGAGACGCUCACGCUGGCCAAGAACAACAUUAGCGACCUCAGUGAGAUUUCCACAUUGUCUGGGCUCUGCAAUCUGCACAGCAUCAGCAUUUCGGAUAAUCCGUGUGUGCAGAUGACCGGCAGCGCUGUGGGCUUCGACUACCGCCCCUUUGUCCUCAAUUGGUGCAUGAGCGUGAAGCUGAUCGACGGCUUUGUGGUGACGCCCAUUGAGAGUCUGAAGGCGGAGUGGCUGUACAGCCAGGGCCGCGGCAGGCAGUUCCGCGUGGGAGAGCAGGGAAACCUCGUGCGCUACCUGGCCAGCGUCUGUCCGCUGUCCGGCGAGACGCUCGAAAGUGAGAAGGAGAGGAAACUGCGGCUGAUCCUGAGCAAAGCACAGCAGCACCAGCGCCAGCUCGCUGAGGAAAUCUCCAGCAAUGAGCACUCCAGUAGCAAUUCUCCCGCGGGACGCCGAAAGGGGGUUUCGAGUCGUAUUCAGAGCCCGCGGUUUAAUUCUCGGCUUACACGUCAAGGCUCCCCGGACUCCAUGUCCAAUAGCUACCAUGGCAACACAACAACCGCCACUCCUGGCGACCCCACCACUAAUCAGCUGCUGCAGAUGACCACGUCCCUCAUUGAGAACAUCAAGAACGACAGCCUCAUGACGCAGAGCCUCGAUCCGCAAGUCCUCAGCAACAACGUGCGCAACACGGAGAACUCCCGGUCGGUGUUCAACGGGCAGCCGGCGGGUCCUCUGGCCGCCGCCAGUAAGAUGAUGCCCGUGCCCGAGUCCCUCAUGAGCCCAGACUGCUUCCCAUCCACCCAGAUCGUGCAGAAGGUCAUCCUGCAGCCCACAAAUGCGAAGUUCUCCAGCAAGACCAAAGCAGACAAGGCAGCUUCUCCGAAAAUGGGCAAGGGAAGUCCGCACAUGCGGAGGAAUGAGAGAUCCCCGGUGCUGAGUCCGAGGAAGACGGCCGGAAAACAGGGUCAAGAGGUGAAGACCAAAGUGGGAACCAUUGUGAAUCUGCCGGCGGAAAAUAGUAGCACUGUGAGUUCGGAUGAGGACAGUGAUCACAUCAACCUGGACAAGCUGAAGACUAUUCGCAACAAAGCCGCUGAGAGAGCCACUCAGCAGCCGCGGCCGCCCGUCAUUGUGGCGCCCACAAAGGAGACGGAGACGUCAGCCAUAAUAAUCCAGAAGCUGUGGCGAGGCUAUCGCGCCCGAAAGCGGACGAAGAGUGUGGCGGAGAAGCUGCAGCGGAAGCGCACGCAAGAUUACAUCAAGAAGUUGACCAGCGACAUGGAAGUGACGAAGGAGGCGCUGGAGAACGAGCGCAAGAUCCAACAGCUGCAGAUGCAGGCGAUCAGUGCGCUAUGGAAGAAGGUGUCGACAAUGCAGGGUCCUUCAGGGAGCGGAUCUGCGGGCGACGAGGGCGCGGCGGUGGUGCAGGAUCUGGCCAAGACGUGCUCCAUGCUGACGAGUCAGGUGCAGCAGUUGCAGGGCAGCAUGAAGGACAUCCUGAACUGCAUGACGAUGUUCUGCAAUUUGCCCCAGGGCAGUGUCCAGGCGGCAGACAAGAGGGACUGCUCGGGCACACAGACGGAGAUUGUGGCAGUGCACACGCCACAGGUGGAGAACCCUCCAUUUCCCUUUGGCGGACAGCAGCAGCGGGUGUCCAGGCCAUCGACACUGCCUCUGGAGACGCCAGAAACUUCCAAUGCGGCCGUGGAGGCGCUCGAGGAGGACAUUCCGGACGCCGUGGAGGCGAAAGACGUGGCGCACGUGGAGGAGACCAAAGAUUAA